AUGUGGUGGGCGCCAGGUGUGGCCUCUCAACCGUGGCAGCAGACACGCAGACCACAUCUGACUGGGAAGACCUUUCUGAUCUACUUCUCCAAAGCUGUGAUGCAGACUGAAUGCAAUGAGCAUUCUUGCAGUCCAUCGCAGGCUAGCUACGCUCCUGGCCUGGCAUUUGCCCUCGAUGCCAACAAGGCUUCCUUCACAGCAUCGCGGAGGUGCAUCGCAGCAUUGCCUGGCUGCAAUCCCAUUGUCAAUCUUGCCCUCCAGAAGGAGAGCGUCAGGGGCCAAAGUUUGUCGCCGCUGAAGAGCUCGCUGAAGAGCUCGCUGAAGGUGUUGCCAUGA